ACUGGCUGUAACGCCUUGUUUACAGUGGCAGCGCCAGGGCCUAUGUAGUCUGACGUCCAAUUAGAGUCAAUAGAAGUAGCGUUGUAUUAAGGUUAAUUGUUGACGUUUGUUCUCUUGUUAUAAGUGUCGUUGCAUGAAACCUCCAAUCUGGAUCGCGGCGGCAAUAACAGGAAGAAGAAGAUAGAGGAAUUCUCUAGGUCUUCUCGAGAGAAACUUGUCCAGUCGAAGAACAAAAUGUUCUCCAAAUUCACGUCAAUUCUACAGCAUGCGGUAGAAGCGCUUGCUCCGUCGCUGCCCCUGCAGGAGGACUUUGUCUAUCACUGGAAGGCUAUUACCCACUAUUACAUUGAGACGUCUGAUGACAAAGCUCCAGUCACAGACACAAACAUCCCAUCCCACCUGGAACAGAUGCUGGACAUUUUGACCCAGGAAGAAACAGAAAGGGAGACUGGAGAGACUGGACCCUGCAUGGAGUAUCUCUUACAUCACAAGAUUUUGGAGACGCUCUACACUUUAGGCAAAGCUGAUUGUCCACCAGGGAUGAAGCAGCAGGUGCUGACCUUCUACACAAAGCUUUUAGCGCACAUUCGACAGCCUCUCCUGCCUCACAUUAAUGUCCACAGGCCUGUACAAAAACUGGUGCGUCUGUGUGGGGAGGUGCUGGCUGCUCCUACAGAAAAUGAAGAGAUUCAGUUCCUUUGUAUAGUCUGUGCCAAAUUGAAGCAGGACCCAUAUCUUGUGAACUUUUUCCUUGAGAACAAAUCAAGAAAAUCUGACACGAAGAGUCCUGAAAGAGCAGAGCAGGUCAAAGCGCCAGACACUGGUCAGUCUGGGGCAGAGAGUCAAGCUGGCUCCCCAGAGGAGCCACAGAAUGCUGCUGCUUCCACAUCAAGUCCAGCCAGCAGUAACAGCAGCAAUUACAAUCUUGUCACUUCUCUCCUCAAUCUCACAAAGAGCCCUGAUGGCAGGAUAGUUGUGAAAGCAUGUGAAGGCCUGAUGCUGCUGGUCAGUUUACCAGAGCCUGCUGCUGCCAAGUGUUUAACAGAAAACACUGAGCUCUGUGAGCUUCUUACAGGAAAACUGGUUUCCUUCUACAAAGCCCUGCCACAGUCUAUAGAUCCUUUGGACAUUGAAACAGUGGAGUCUGUCAAUUGGGGCCUGGAUGUAUAUAACUUGAAAGAGGAUGCUGCUGUUUUCACGGGGAAGAGGGCUCUCAUCUCAUUUCUGUCCUGGUUGGAUUACUGUGAUCAACUCAUCAAGGAGGCUCAUAAGUCAGCGGCUACAGUGAUGGCAAAAGCAGUGAGGGAAAGAUUCUUUGUGUCUGUGAUGGAGCCACAACUGAUGCAGACUUCAGAGGUGGGCAUUCUGACUUCCACAGCGCUGCUCAACAGGAUUAUCAGGCAGGUGACAUCAGAGGUUCUGCUGCAGGAAAUGGUUUAUUUCUUGCUGGGAGAGGAGAGGGAUCCAGAGAGUCCUGGGACUGUUGCUAAGAAUCCACUGAGGCACAGACUUAUUGAGCACUGUGAUCACCUAUCAGAUGAGAUCAGCAUCAUGACGCUGCGGUUGUUUGAGCAGCUGAUCCAGAAGCCCAACCAGCACAUCCUCCACAGCAUGGUGCUCCGGAAUCUGGAGGAGAGGAACUAUCUGGAGAACAAACCACAGGAAGAGCGAGAGCCUCUGGAGAACGGCCAGCCCCAUGAUGCCGUUGACCUGGAAGAGGAUCCUCUCUUUGGUGACGACCUCUCUCCAGACAGCAGGCUGUCUGGUUCUGAUUGGCUCAGCUCCUCACCUCCUCAAAGUCCUGAGCACUCAAAGCCCGAUGGGAAAACAGAAGUUCACAAGAUUGUCAACAGUUUCUUGUGUUUGGUCCCCGAUGAAGCCAAGUCUUCCUAUCAGGUUGAGGGCACCGGCUAUGACACCUACCUCAGAGACGCACACAGACAGUUCAGGGACUUUUGUGGUGUUUGCCAACGGUGGGACUGGCGUGGAAAUCCAAAGCCUUUUGAGAAGUGUAACCUUGACGUCCCGUUCUUUGAAGGCCACUUCCUGAAGGUUCUCUUUGACCGAAUGGGUCGCAUCCUAGACCAGCCUUACGAUGUGAACCUGCAGGUGACCGCGGUCCUGUCCAAACUGUCCUUAUUACCACACCCUCACUUACAUGAGUAUCUGCUGGAUCCUUAUAUCAGCUUGGCUCCAGGCUGCAGAUCUCUCUUCUCUGUCAUUGUCAGGGUGGUGGGAGAUCUGAUGCUGAGGAUUCAUCGCAUCCCAGACUUCACACCCAAACUGCUGCUUGUGAGGAAGAGGUUACUGGGCCUGGAACCCGAGGGCAUCACCAUCGACCACACGACUCUGCUGGAGGGAGUGAUCGUAUUGGAGGAGUUCUGCAAAGAGCUGGCAGCCAUCGCCUUCGUCAAACACCACGCAGCUGCCUCCUCCUCACCCUGAUCAGUCCCACUGUCCAUCCAUCUGCUUUGGCCAGGUUGACAGGUCAGGAGAACGCCAGGCCUCCUUGGUUGUGCUGGUAUCGGUGGCACAGGGUCAGAACUCAUCAUCAAACUGCUCAUCCUUACAAGUUUAAGCCCACUCCAACGGCUUCUUCCUCCCUUCUCUUCUGACCUCUAAGGCUCCAACAUUAAAAAAAGUCUCUGGUCUACUUUUGGAGCCGAUCGGAGCACAGACACUGCCCAGCCUGCAGAGGAGUAAGAAGAGAAUGAGGAGCAAAGAGGCUGAGUUGGAGUUAGAUGUUUUCCGGAUUCCAUUCAGCCUCUACGUUUUCUUACCCACGUCCACCCACAUUCAACACCACCACCAACAUCUUUCUCUUUCAUCAGCCAGAAGCUGAAAGCCCUGCAAUUAUUAUGUCAAAGGGAAAGUUGUGUAUUUAUUUCCUGUCUACUUUUCAUCCAUUUGUAAACAUCGAUGCCUUAGUGUGGUGUCUCACCAUCCAGUUACAGGAGACUGUUUCCUUUUGAAACUUUUUUUUUUUUAACUUCACCUACAACUCUGUGUAGAUAUUUACUAAGAUACUGGGAUGCAGUAUUUAUGAUACUGCAGUCAUGUUUUAAAUGCCAAGUCCUUUUAUUUAUUGGUGUGCUUUAUGGUUGCCUUUUAAUUAAUGUGUGAAGAUAAAAUGAAUCAAAAUUGCAGCGGUGACAAACGCUGGUGUUUUCCCUCAUCUGUAAUCUACCAUCGUCCAAAGACACCUUUCAUCUCGGCUGUUAUGACGACACGCUGAAAUUUGCACAUGGACCUCAUUGCAUCGCAUUGCACUUGUUACAUCGUUCACCUACAUUUAUGCUCCUCCUCGCUGGUGUUGGCUUUUGGAAAGUGUCUUAACUGGCAUCUGGAGACGUCCUGUUCCUUUACAGUGUUUGUUCCAAACAUUAUCUGUAUUGUUUGUUUUUUUUAAGCUAUUAUAAAUAAUUUCACUCUGAUUUUGUGUGGGUGCAGUGGAAUAAUCCUUUAGUGUCUGUUACUGAGGAGGCUGCAGCAGUGGUUCAUGGUUUAACACAUUUCUGAUUUUUUUUUUACGUCCUGAGCAUUCAUUUAGAAUGUAUGAGAGUGAGAAAAUCUAACAGAUUCUUUCACUCUCGUCACUGAAUCAAGUUAUUGUUAAAAAAAAUAUUAAAGUAAUAUUAAAAAUGUUGUACAUUGAUCAGAAGUCAGACAUCAUCUCCUGCUGUUUUAACCAGAAGAGUAUAAUUUGAGACUAAGGUCUUUACACACGUCUGUUUUUUCUAAAUGAAUUCUGUUGUUUGGUAAUUUGGAAUCUAAAGAAAAGUUGAACAAAACAAACCAAUUGAGAUGUUUUUGCUGCAGUGGCAGAAAACUCAUAUGGGACACCACUCAUAAGUAAAUAUAUAAAUUCCUACAUUUACACACACAUAUAUAUACAUAUAUAAAUAUUUGAUUGGUGGUCCAUUUGAAUGUGUAUAAAUAUGACAGUGAAUGAAGAAUUUAGAACUUCAAUCUAAUAAUUUUUCAAAAUUUCAUCAGAUUUUUGUUACUUAAUAUUACAUUUCAAUAAUAAUGCAUUGUUUUAUACAACUAUAUAUAUAAUUACUAAUUGCCACAAAAAGUUUAACAGUUUUGUUUCUGUUCACUGUCCGAUUUAGUGUGAACCACUGUCUGCAGUUUCCUCAGAGCUUGUUUAUCAUCAGGUGUUUUUGUUGUUGUUUUUAUGUGUGUAUCUUAGCAGUAUUAUGAAUUCAUGAUAAAUUUGAGAGACUAAGAACAUGUACUCAUGGUGCUGUGUAUGGAUGAAAUGUUUUUAAAUCUACAGUAGGUGACAGUAAAAACAAUUCAACGUGUUUCUCAUGUCCAUUUUUAAAUUAUCCCGCAUCAGGAUAACUUAAAAAGACAUUUUAAAAUUUUUGUUCACUGUUCCCAGUGUGACUGUUGUGUGGAUCUGCCUUGUUCAGGUAUGUGCGUGCGUGCUUGACUUUUUACUGAUGUGGAGAUUGUACAGAUUGACUUACCGGAGCUGAGAGUUUCUGGUUUGAAACCCUGCUUCCUCUUCAUGUCACUCUGAGCUUCAUUAUGCAACAACAUGCAUGGAAUCAGAUUUGCACAUUGUCUUAAUUCAUCCCUGUUCAUAAUGUAAAAAGAACACAUUGUUAAUUCUGUUUGUUUCAGAAACCAAAAAAAAAAAAUCAUUGAACUUUUACCAGAAAUAACACUUGUAUGAGGAAACUUUUUUUAAAUUGUCAAUCAUACCCAUUUUGAAGCAACUCUUCAUCGUCUCCAUCUUUCUCUUCCUGUACAGGUGUGUAUCGUAUGUGUACAAUAGCAAUAGUACUUACUACCUGGUGUAUAAAUGCAUGCCUGGACGUUAGUUUUCACUCUGAGAAGAGAAAAAAAAAAAGAGUCAGCGCCACCUGUGAUGACUUAGUUCUGAGCUGCAGAUCUGAUGCCUUACCUUCACACUGUAGAUCUGAAGAGUUAAAAUGUGAAGGUUUUCUGCUGUGAUCUUAUGCUUUUCCCUUUAUGUUGUACAAACUAAAUCUGACCUGUGAUAAUGUACCUGACUAAUUUAACCUGUCAAGGGCAGAGCAGGGCUCAACAUUCCUAAAUAUGACAAACUAAAACAGUGAGUUAACAGCAGGUGGAUGAUUUUGUAUUACACCUGUUUUAUUGGAUUUAUCCAAUAUCCAAAUCCAAAUGAUGCAAAUAUUUCUUUAAAUGUCAAGAAAAAUUUACAGUUACUGCCGAACAUCUGACCUGAAGUUUUAGCCUUGAAUAAUGCAUGCUGGGUGUCGAGUUGGUCGAAGUGCAUCAGGAAAACAAAAGCUUUGUGUUGACAUAACGUGUAUCAACUCUGUCUAAGAGUAACGAUAAAUGGACAGGCGCUGUGAUUAUUGGAUAUACAGUAAAACAAGCGAUAUUUUGCCCAUGCGUUAAAAAAGUUUAUCAAAUUAAUCUUAACGAACGUGUUUAUUCUGACAGUCCUAUACAUCACUGCACUCUUCAUUUAUUUCUCUUCUGUUUCCAUCUCUUCACUACUGCUUUACGCGUCAUUUGUCGUUAGCGACAGUCUGCUCUUGUUGAACAUGACCUGUCCCAAUAAAAAGGCUUCAUGGGA